GCGGGGCAGCAGCGGCGGCGGCGGGCAGUUUGAAUCGGGACUCGGGCCGACCGGGCCGCAGGGUUUCGGGCCCCGCGGGCGAGCUGACUGGUCCAUGCUGGCAGCAGGCACGGGAGCGCCAUGAGCUGGGCCGUGGAGGAAUGGAAGGACAGCCUGUCCGGCCGGGCGCUGCAGAAGGUGCAGGAGCUCGAGGGGCAGCUGGACAGGCUGAAGAAGGAGAGGCAGCAGCGGCAGUUCCAGCUGGAGACGCUGGAGGCGGCCCUACAGAAGCAGAAGCAGAAGGUUGAGGAUGAGAAGAGCGAGGGCGUCAGCCUGAGGAGGGAGAACCAGAGCCUGGCGGAGGCCUGUGAGAACCUGGAGAAGGCGAGGCAGAAGAUCUCGCACGAGCUUCAGGUCAAGGAGUCGCAGGUGAACUUCCAGGAAGGGCAGCUGAACUCAAGCAGAAAGCAGAUAGAGCAGCUGGAGCAGGAGCUGAAGAGGUGUAAAUCUGAGCUCGAGAGAAGCCAACAGUCAGCAGACGCUUCUCAGAACCCAGGCGGCACACCCCAAAAACUGCUCGCAACCCCGUUAACACCGAGCCAGUAUUACCAUGGCUCCAAGUAUGAAGAGCUCCAGGAAAAAUACCAGAAAGAAGUUGAAGCCCGGAAGAGAUUAGAGGCAGAAGUCAAAGUCCCGCAGGCUAAAAGAGCCAGCCCGCCGCGGGCCCCCGGCACCAGGAACCACCGGGACAUCGCCCGCCACCAGGCCUCGUCGUCUGUGUUCCCGUGGCAGCAGGAGCAGACCCCGGGCCGUGUCUCCUCCAGCGCCCAGAGGACCCCGCUGAGGAGAGACGCCCCUCGGGAGUGGGAGGCCACUCCAGGCCGGUCGGCUUUGAGGACGGGCAAGAGAGACGCCAACGGCAGCUUCCGUGACAGCACCAGCAGCUCCCAGGCUGCGGAUCAGCUAAAGGCCCAAAAUCAAGACCUCAGGAGCAAGAUUACAGAGCUGGAACUAUGUCUGCAAGGACAGGAAAAGGAAAUGAAGAACCAGGGGAGUCAAUGCCAAGAGCUCCAGGUCCGGCUGGAGAAAGUGAAGGCAGAGCUGACGGAGAAGGAGAGACUGCUGAGUAAGCGCCAGGACGAGGUGACCAGAACCACGGCCCAGCUGGACCAGGCCUCAGCCAAGGGCGAGGCCCUGGAGCAGAAGCUGAGGAAGCUGACAGAAGACCUGAGCUGUCAGCGGCAGAACGCCGAGAGCGCCAGGUGUUCCCUGGAGCAGAAGCUCAAGGAGAAAGAGAAGGAGUUUCAGCAGGAACUCAACUGUCAGCAGCGCGCCUUCCAGGCUCUGGCCCAGGAGGGCACCCAGGUGAAAGCCCGGCUCACGCAGGAGCUGCAGCAGGCCAAGAGUAGCCGCGAUGGCCUGCAGGCAGAGCUGGACAAGGUGACCUCGGCGAAGCAGCAGCUAGAACAGAGCUUGGAGGAGUGGAAACAGAAGUCGCACAGAACUGAGCAGGCUCUGCAGGGGAGCCGGAACAGGGAGAAGGACCUGCAGGGAGAGGCUGAGGAAGCCAAGAAGGAAGUCGCCCUCCUCAGGAGCCAGUGGGAGCACAGGGCCGGGGAGCUGCGCUGCCUGGAGGCGGAGCUGAGGACGGCCCAGCAGGGCUGGAGCCAGAGCCGGGCCCAGGCCGAGGAGCUGAGGGUGAAGAGCAUGUCACAGGAAGCGUCCCUGAGGGAGCUGCAGGAGAAGCUCGACCAGCAGCAGGGCUCUGCGGCCUCCGAGAAGCUGGAGCUGGCCCUGGCCGAGCUGCAGACUCAGUGGAGCUGCUCCCAGGACCUGCUGAGGAAGAGGGAGCAUCACAUUGAGCAGCUGAACGGCAAGCUGAGCACGGCCGAGAGGGAGUCGGAGGCCCUGCUGGGCGUCCUGGAGUUGCAGAGGAAGGAGCUGGAGGCGCUGAAGGAGGAGGCGGCCCAGCUCUCCCGCUGGAAGAGGGACAAGGAGCAGCUGCUGCUCCAGGUGACGGCCGAGAGGGACAGCCUGCAGAGCAAAGGCCAGGAGUACAGCGAGAGGGUGGCCGCGCUGGAGAUGGCGGGUGAGAGCCUCGAGGCCCAGGUGCGCGGCCUCCAGGGCGAGGCGGAGGGCAGGGCAGCGGAGCUGGAGGCCCAGCAGCGGGCAUGCGGGGAGCUGCGGCGGCUGGCCGAGGAGCACAGGGAGGAGGCGGAGCGCACGGGCGCCAGGGCGGCACAGCUGACCCAGCAGGUGGCGGACCUGGAACAGAGGGUCAGGGACCUGUUGGCGGAGAUGGCCGACAGAGACCGGAGCUGCCAGGACCUGCGCGCCGAGCUCGACGCCCUCCGGAGCCUGCCGCCGCCCGAGAGUGCUCCCGCAGGGACCAGGGACUCCUGGGACGGGCCGCCGGCCAGGCGUGCUCCCUCCACAGAUGCAGACGCCGCGGCAGACGAGGCGGGCAGCCGGCCAGACAGAGUCACCUCGCCGGAGCGGCGUGAGCAGCUGGUUCCCGUGAUGGGGGACACUGCGGGGGACCUCCAGACAGCGGAGCCGGAGCACCAGAGCCAGACGGCCGAGGUGACCCAGGGCGCCGGCGGGCUGCAGGUGGCCCCGGAGAGCAGGGACGCAGAGCAGGCCGGCAGGAGAAGCAACCUGCAGCUGGGGGAGGCCCUGAGGGCGCUGCAGGAGCUGCAGGAGCUGCAGGAGGCGUGGGGCUCCGAGAGGAAGCUCCUGGAGGCCGAGGCUGCCCGGAAGGACGAGCACAUGGCUGAGCUGGCCGCCCAGCACUCGCAAGAGAAGCUCUCGCUCCUGCGCCGCUGCGAGGAGGCCGGCCAGGCCUUGGAGGAGCUCUGGGGGGAGCUGAGGGCCGCCCGGGAGCACGGCGCCCAGCUGGAGGGCCUGUGUGAGGACAGGCUGCGGGCGCUGCAGCGGCUGGAGGAGGCCUUUGCGGCCGAGCAGCGGGCCCGUGAGGCUGCACUGCCAGAGGCCGACGCCCUGCGGCGGGAGAUCCGGGCCCUGGAGGAGGCAAGGCACGAGCUGCAGACGGAGGCGCGGGCCCUGCAGUUGGAGAACGAGCAGCUGCGGGCCCUCCUGUUGGCGGAGCACGAGCUCUCGGGCCUGGAGCCCAACAUCGAGGGUCCCGGGGACUCUGGGAGCAGGUGCGGUGGCCACAGCCCCCCGGACGGCGAGGACGAUGCUGCGGCUGGGCCUCCCGCUCGCCUGGAAGCCCAGGUGCGAUGCCUGGGGCAGGAGGGGCUGCGGCCGCAGCUGCCGGCCACAACGGAGCUUGGCCCUCUCCGUGGGCCACCAGCGGAGAGCAGCCACCACACAGACUCCGAGGACGGGGACAAGGAGCCGCCGGGAAGCCAGGGCGUCAGGGCGGAGCAGCUGGUAGAGCUGCAGACGGCCUGUGACUCGCUGCGUGAAGAGAAGGCACGGCUGCUCUCCCAGCUCAGUGAUGCCAGGGCCCACUGUGUGUCGGCCACCAGCCACCUGGCAGGAGAGGUGGACAGGCUGGUGGCCCAGGUGCUGGGCAGAGAGGACGGCUCCCUCUCUGGGCCGCAGGGCCAGCCGGAGGCAGCCGCCCCGGGCUCCUGUGAGUCCCUGGGCUUGGUGGCUGAGGAGGUGCAGGCCCGCUUUGCGGGGCUCCUGGAGAAGGUGGCGUCCCUGCAGAGGGAGCUCGGGCCCCUGCUGGAGCGGCACUGGCAGACGCGUGCCCUCACGGCCCAGCCGCAGUCCCGCCUGGACACCGGCCCGGGGCCUGGGGACGGCUGCUGCGUGUCCCUGUCCUCCCCCCGUACCCCCGGCAGUCCUCGGCUCAGGAGUCCGGAAGACCCUUCCUGCCGAGACCCAGAGCGGCUUGGAGGAGCGUCCACUCCAAGCGGCCAGGCCGGACGUGAUCAGGCCCAUGGGCACCAGGCGGGGGACGCGGGCCUGGAAGAUGGCCCGCCCUGCGGGGAGGCCCCAUGCGUGCUCCUGGAGGAGAUGGAGCGUCUGUGCCGGGCACGCCUGCAGGCCCUGCGGUGGCUGGAGGAGCAGGAGGCCGGAGGGAGGGCCCCGGAGCUGCGGGCACAGGAGCUGGAGCACCUGCUGGGGGCGCUGGAGAGCCUGCGGGCGCAGCAGCUGGCGGAGAGUGAGCGCUGGCGGCAGAGGCUGGCGCGCGUGACCCAGGACCUGGCGGCCGAGCGUCUGCACACGGAGCACCUGGCGUGGGAGCUGGAGGCCGCUCGGCUGCAGUUCCAGGGCCUGGACCUGAGCUCCCGCUCCUGGCUGGCCGCAGACCUGGAGGACGCUCUGCGGGGCGGAGACGAUAGCCACGGAGCCCGUGAACCAGAAGUGCGUGUUUUAGAAGCUGGACAGGGGACGGCACCGCCUGGCGGUCACCAGGUUUCUGAGGACACCCAGGGAGUUGAGAUGGAGGAGACAGCCGUCUCUGGAGCAGGCCACCCGUCGGGAGAAGAGAGCCUGGGAGACAACCGGCGGUCCCCGGUGGCUGGCCGAGCCCAGCGUGGUUCCGAGGACAGUGCUGAACCGUCCCUGCCUGAUCCUUGUGCCUCGGACCCCCAGGACCUGCCGGAGAGCCGGGCCUCCCUGCAGCUGCGUCUGCGAGAGGCCGAGGGGGAGAAGGAGCGGCUGCUGCAGGUGCUGCGGGAGCAGGAGCGCAGGCUGGGCGGCCUUCUGCGGACGAGGCAGCUGCAGGAUGCCGGCCAGGCCUCCGGACAGCUGGCGGAGGCGCUCAGGGAGGCAGCCACAGGUCUCUGUCUCCGUGGGGACGUGAGCACAGAGGAGGACGGGGCCCCAGCCCUGAUCGAGGCCUGGGAGGAGACAGCUGCAAGCCUGGGUGGUGCCGAGGGCCUCCCUCCCAGCGUGGACAUGGUAUCAGAGGAGGACUCGGCAGGGCAUCUUGAGGAAUCCCAGGCCCCAGCCCUGGCCCAGGCCAGUGUGCCAUGCGAGGAGGAAGCCUCGGGCUUGGGUGACUCCACGUUCCUGCUAAGCAUGGGCAGCGGCUUAAGCCUCCCUCCCAGCGUGGACAUGGUAUCAGAGGAGGACGGGACUGGCCAGGACCCCCGGUCCCCAGCCCAGGCCAAGGAGCCGCAGGAGGAGGGAGCCGAGGUCCUCCGAGCUUUCCCCUGGACCGCUGACCUGGAGCCAACUCGGGCAGAGGCAGCUGGUGAGAGCCCACCCAGGCCAGUUGCCCGCCUGCAGGAGGGCUGCAGCAUGGCCGGCACAGGGAGACACCAGGCCCCGUGCCCGCAGGAGGAGGAAACUGGGGCCCCGGGUCUGGCAUCCGGACACUCAGAGGACGGGGCGUCCAAGCUGCGGGGAGAGAUCGCCCGCCUGCGGGGGGACACGGAGGGCCUGCGGGCCCGGCUGGGCGCAGCAGAGCAGGCCCUGGAGGAGGCGCUGGAGGAGAAGGCUGAGGCGACCGGGCGGCUGAGCUCCACGCGGGAGGAGGUGAGGCAGCUGCGGGCCGGCAUGGAGAGGCUGCGAGUGCGCAUCGAGGCCGACGAGCGCAGGCGGCGGGGCGGCGAGCGCCAGAGGGACGCCCUGCAGGAGCGGCUGGAGCGGCUGGAGCGGGAGCUGCAGGCCGCCGAGGAGCAGCAGGAGCUGGCCAUUCUGGACGCCGAGAGCGCCCGGGCCGAGGCCGAGGACCUCAGGGCGCGGGCGGACGGGGCGGACGCCGGCCUGCGGGCUCUGCGGGCAGAAAGGGAUAGCCUGGCCCAGCGGCUCCAGGCCGCACAGGACCAGCUGUCGGAGCUGGAGGCGCCGCUGCCCGCGCUCAGGGCCCGCCUGGCAGAGACGGAGCGAGACGCAGCGCGGCGGGAGGCAGACUGGCAGGCUGCGGAGGAGAGGCUGCGGGGGCAGCUCCGAGACCUGGGCGAGGAGGUGGCGGCCUCGUGUGGCCUGCAGAUCCCGGAGGCCGAGGAGGACGGGGGACAGGGCCCUGAUGCGCCGGCUUGGGGUGUUCACCGGCUGAGAGAGGGCAUCAUGGCACUGACGGCCCGUCUCCACGCCGCGGAGCAGGAGCAGUGCCGAGUCUCGGGGAGGCUGCAGGAGGGGGAGCUGCGUGCGGGCCUGCUGCAGGGGAGAGUGGAGGAGCUGCAGAGGGAGCUGGAGGCGGCGGGCGGCGCCCAAGAACGCCUGCUGCUGGAGGCCGAGGGCUCCCGGGUGGAGGCAGAGCAGGCGGCCCUGCGGGUCCACGGCCUGGAGUCCGAGCUCGCCCAGGUCAGGUCGGAGAGGGAGACGCUCACCCAGGACCUGGAGUCACUGAGGGCAGAGGCAGAGCAGGCGGCUCUGAGGGUCCAGGGUCUGGAGUCUGAGCUCGCCCAGGCCAGGUCGGAGAGGGAGACGCUCACCCGAGACUUGGAGAAAUCAGAGUCACUGAGGGCAGAGGCAGAACAGGCGGCCCUGCGGGUCCAGAGUCUGGAGUGUGAGCUCGCCCAGGCCAGGUCGGAGAGGGAGACGCUCACCCAGGACCUGGAGAAAUCAGAGUCACUGAGGGCAGAGGCAGAGCAGGCGGCUCUGAGGGUCCAGGGUCUGGAGUCUGAGCUCACCCAGGUCAGGUCAGAGAGGGAGACACUCACCCAGGACCUGGAGAAAUCAGAGUCACUGAGGGCAGAGGCAGAGCAGGCGGCCCUGCGGGUCCACGGCCUGGAGUCCGAGCUCACCCAGGUCAGGUCGGAGAGGGAGACGCUCACCCAGGACCUGGAGUCACUGAGGGCAGAGGCAGAACAGGCGGCCCUGCGGGUCCAGAGUCUGGAGUCUGAGCUCGCCCAGGCCAGGUCGGAGAGGGAGACGCUCACCCGAGACUUGGAGAAAUCAGAGUCACUGAGGGCAGAGGCAGAACAGGCGGCCCUGCGGGUCCAGAGUCUGGAGUGUGAGCUCGCCCAGGCCAGGUCGGAGAGGGAGACGCUCACCCAGGACCUGGAGAAAUCAGAGUCACUGAGGGCAGAGGCAGAGCAGGCAGCUCUGAGGGUCCAGGGUCUGGAGUCUGAGCUCACCCAGGUCAGGUCAGAGAGGGAGACACUCACCCAGGACCUGGAGAAAUCAGAGUCACUGAGGGCAGAGGCAGAGCAGCAGGCAGCCCUGCGGGUCCAGAGUCUGGAGUCUGAGCUCACCCAGGCCAGGUUGGAGAGGGAGAUGCUCACCCAGGACCUGGAGAAAUCAGAGUCACUGAGGGCAGAGGCAGAGCAGGCGGCUCUGAGGGUCCAGGGUCUGGAUUCUGAGCUCGCCCAGGUCAGGUCGGAGAGGGAGAUGCUUACCCAGGACCUGGAGAAAUCAGAGUCACUGAGGGCAGAGGCAGAGCAGGCGGCUCUGAGGGUCCAGGGUCUGGAGUCCAAGCUCGCCCAGGUCAGGUCGGAGAGGGAGACACUCGCCCAGGACCUGGAGAAAUCAGAGUCACUGAGGGCAGAGGCAGAGCAGGCAGCCCUGCAGGUCCACGGCCUGGAGUCCGAGCUCACCCAGGUCAGGUCAGAGAGGGAGACGCUUACCCAGGACCUGGAGUCACUGAGGGCAGAGGCAGAGCAGGCGGCUCUGAGGGUCCAGGGUCUGGAGUCUGAGCUCGCCCAGGCCAGGUCAGAGAGGGAGACACUCACCCAGGACCUGGAGAAAUCAGAGUCACUGAGGGCAGAGGCAGAGCAGGCGGCCCUGCGGGUCCACGGCCUGGAGUCCGAGCUCACCCAGGUCAGGUCGGAGAGGGAGACGCUCACCCAGGACCUGGAGUCACUGAGGGCAGAGGCAGGGCAGGUGGCCUUGCAGGUCCAGGGCCUGGAGUCUGAGCUCGCCCAGGCCAGUUUGAAGAGGGAGACGCUCACCCAGGACCUGGAGAAAUCAGAGUCACUGAGGGCAGAGGCAGAGCAGGCAGCUCUGAGGGUCCAGGGUCUGGAGUCCGAGCUCGCCCAAGUCAGGUCGGAGAGGGAGAUGCUCACCCAGGACCUGGAGAAAUCAGAGUCACUGAGGGCAGAGGCAGAGCAGGCAGCUCUGAGGGUCCAGGGUCUGGAGUCCGAGCUCGCCCAAGUCAGGUCGGAGAGGGACAUGCUCACCCAGGACCUGGAGAAGGAGCAGUCCCGGGUCUGCGCCCUGGAGACACGCUGUGCCUCUCUGGAGCAGCAGUUGCAGGAGAUGGGCCACCUCAAGGGAGACUUGGAUGCCCGGCUGCAAGAGGUGAACGAGGAGAUGGCCGCCCGGGAGCAGGGCCUGGGCGUGCAGGUGGCCGCCCUGGAGGAGGACAAGGCCCGGCUGCUGCAAGGCCUCCGGGAGGCUGAGGACAACCGAGACCGUCUGCAGACCUCGCUCAGCGGCCUCCGGCGGGACGUGGAAGCAGGCAAGGCGGCGCUGGCGCUGAAGGAGGAGGAGCUCGCCGCGCUCUCCGCCCGGACCCGGGUCCGAGAGCAGCAGCUGUCCGUGGAGCUGUCGCAGGCCGCAGCGCAGAAGGCAGAGCUGGAGCGGGAGGCCCAGGUCCUGCAGGACAGCAUCCAGGGGCUGCAGCAGUCCCGAGAGGCCCGGGAGCAGGAGCUGCAGCGGGCAAAGGCCGAGAUCUCAUCCUUGACUGAACGAGUGAGCUCCGGGACGGCCAGGGAGGCGGCGCUGCAGAGGGAGCUGCGGGGGGAGACUCGCAGGCUGAUGGGGGAGCUGCAGUCGUCAGCCCAGGAAGCCGGGAGCCUUGGGGACCAGCUAAAAGGGCUCCUGCUGGAAAACGGGGAGCUGAAGAGAAGUCUAGGCGGCCUACAGCGAGACCAGGUGGAGAAGGAAGGGAGGAUGAGGGAGGAGGUGGCCGAGGGCCUGCGGCGGCUGCAGGCAGCAGAGCAGAAGCACCAGGCGCUGCUGGAGGCCGCAGACAAGCAGCACGAGUCAGAGAUCCAGAUGUACCAGGAGAAGCUGGCCUCUCAGGAAGGCAGCCUCAGCUCCCAGAAGGUGGAGCUGGACCUCCUCAGGUCCCGGAAGGAAGAGCUCGCCGCUGCUCUGGAAGCCGCCAGGGAGCGUCUGGAGGAGCUACAGAAAGCUCAGACGGACAGCCUGCAGCGUGCCGACCGGCUGAAGAAGGAGAGCGAGCGGGCCCAGGGCAAAGUCAAGCUGCUGAUCAAGUCCUGCCGGCAGCUGGAGGAGGAGAAGGAGGCGCUACAGAAGGAACUGGUGCGCCUGGAGGCCACCCCACAGGAGGCUCGGGGUGCAGGUGCUGCUGCGGAGGGUGCCAGCCUGCGGGAGCUGGAGGCCGAAGUCAAGGAGCUGCAGGAGGCCCUGGAGGAGAAGGGCCGGGAGGCGGAGCAGUACCUGGAGAAGUACUGUGCGCUGCUCAUCAGCCAGGAGAAGCUGGAGAAGGAGCGGGAGAUGCUGGAGACGCAGGUCUUGCGGCUCAGCGCCCAGCAGCCCCCGCACAGCCUGCCGAGCUCGCCCGCCCUCAGCCCUGGCCCCCCGGGGCCCUCGCCCCCCGCGGCCCAGACAAAGCCCGCGCCGGGCAAGAGGCAGCGGCCCAGGGGCCUCCCGGAGGCUGGGGGCGUCGGCAUGCCCGCUACCCCCGAGACCCUCCCCAAGAAAACCCGGAGGAGCAGCAGGCGGAGUGGCCACCUGUCUGAGGACACUGAGUUGGAGCCCGAGGGCCUCCCGGAGGUGGUGAGGAGAGGCUUCUCAGACAUCCCCACGGGCAAGACCAGCCCCUACGUGCUGCGCAGGAGCACCAUGGCCACGAGGACCAGCCCCCGCCUGGCCGCCCUGGCCGCCGACAAGGAGAACCUCGCCGGGACCUCGGGGAGCGGCGCCCGGGUCCUCAAGGUCAAGGCCGCUCAGCAGAGCCCCACGGCCUCGGCCGCCGCCGCCGUUUCCCGGGAGCCAGAGAAGGGGGUUGCCGAAAGCCUCCGGGAGGGCCUGCGCCCCAGGCGGGGACACCCGGCCCCCAGCCCCGAAGCCCGGCCCCCGCCCUUGGGUGGCGGCGGCAGCAGCGACAACUGCCGGGUCCAGUAGGGCGAGUGUUCGGCCCCCCGGAAGCAGCGUCUGCAGGGCAGCGAGACUCCAGCAGCGGCCGCCCGGUACACCCCGGCCCGCUCUCCGCGCCCCCGUGCCUCUUCUGCCACGUAAAUAGUCCCUGCCGGG